GCGCGCCCCGUGUCCGAGCCGCGGGCCGGGCCCUGAGCGCCGCGCGGGCUCGCGCCGCCGCCGCGCCAUGGCGGAGACCAAGAUCAUCUACCACAUGGACGAGGAGGAGACGCCGUACCUGGUCAAGCUGCCCGUGGCCCCCGAGCGCGUCACGCUGGCCGAUUUCAAGAACGUGCUCAGCAACCGGCCGGUGCACGCCUACAAAUUCUUUUUCAAGUCCAUGGAUCAGGACUUCGGGGUGGUGAAGGAGGAGAUCUUGGACGACAACGCCAGGCUGCCCUGCUUCAACGGUCGCGUGGUCUCCUGGUUGGUCCUAGCUGAGGGUGCUCAUUCAGAUGCAGGGUCCCAGGGAACUGACUGCCACACUGACCUUCCCCCACCCCUCGAGCGCACAGGUGGCAUUGGGGACUCCCGGCCACCCUCCUUCCACCCAAAUGUGGCCAGCAGUCGUGAUGGAAUGGACAAUGAGACUGGCACGGAGUCCAUGGUCAGUCACCGGCGGGAGAGAGCCCGACGGCGAAACCGAGAGGAAGCUGCCCGGGCCAAUGGGCACCCGAGGGGAGACCGGCGUCGGGACCUGGGGCUCCCUCCAGACAGCGCGUCCACAGUGUUGAGCAGCGAGCUGGAAUCCAGCAGCUUCAUUGAUUCGGACGAGGAGGACAACACCAGCCGGCUGAGCAGCUCCACGGAGCAGAGCACCUCUUCCCGGCUUAUUAGGAAGCACAAGCGUCGGCGGCGGAAGCAGCGCCUGCGGCAGACGGACCGGGCCUCCUCCUUCAGCAGCAUCACCGACUCCACCAUGUCCCUGAACAUCAUCACCGUCACGCUCAACAUGGAGCGGCACCACUUCCUGGGCAUCAGCAUCGUGGGCCAGAGCAACGACCGGGGCGACGGGGGCAUCUACAUCGGCUCCAUCAUGAAGGGCGGGGCCGUGGCCGCGGACGGCCGCAUCGAACCCGGCGACAUGCUGCUGCAGGUGAAUGACGUCAACUUCGAGAACAUGAGCAAUGACGACGCUGUGCGGGUGCUGCGGGAGCUCGUGUCCCAGACGGGGCCCAUCAGCCUCACAGUGGCCAAGUGCUGGGACCCGACCCCCCGCAGCUACUUCACCAUCCCGAGGGCUGACCCGGUGCGGCCCAUCGACCCUGCUGCCUGGCUGUCCCACACGGCAGCGCUGACCGGCGCYCUGCCCCGCUACGGUGCGAGCCCCUGCUCCAGCGCUGUCUCCCGCACCAGCUCCUCCUCACUAACCAGUUCUGUGCCCGGCGCCCCGCAGCUGGAGGAGGCGCCCCUGACGGUGAAGAGUGACAUGAGUGCCGUCGUCCGGGUCAUGCAGCUGCCGGACUCGGGGCUGGAGAUCCGGGACCGMAUGUGGCUCAAGAUCACCAUUGCCAACGCCGUCAUUGGGGCGGAUGUGGUGGACUGGCUGUACACCCACGUGGAGGGCUUCAAGGAGCGGCGAGAGGCCAGGAAGUACGCCAGCGGCAUGCUGAAGCACGGCUUCCUGCGGCACACGGUCAAUAAGGUCACCUUCUCUGAGCAGUGCUACUACGUCUUCGGGGACCUGUGCAGCAAUCUCGCAGCCCUGACCCUCAACAGUGGCUCCAGUGGAGCCUCCGAUCAGGACACCCUGGCCCCGCUGCCCCACCCGGCAGCACCCUGGCCCCUGGGUCAGGGCUACCCCUACCAGUACCCAGGGCCCCCGCCCUGCUUUCCGCCUGCCUACCAGGACCCUGGCUUUGGCUACGGCAGUGGCAGUGCUGGCAGCCAGCAGAGUGAAGGGAGCAAAAGCAGCGGGUCCACCCGGAGCAGCCGUCGGGCCCUGGGCCGAGAGGAGGAGCGCCGGGCAGCUGGAGCCAGGGGCAGUGGCAGCGAGUCAGACCACACGGUGCUGAGUGGGUCGGGCGGCACUGGCAGGCGGGAGCGACCAGUCAGCCAGCUCAGCCGGGGCAGCAGCCCCCACAGCCAGCUCUCAGCCGUUGCCCCAGGGCUCCCCCCACUACACCCCCUGACCAAGGCCUAUGCAGUGGUGGGCGGGCCACCUGGUGGGCCACCUGUCCGGGAGCUGGCUGCCGUCCCCCCAGAGUUGACAGGCAGUCGCCAGUCCUUCCAGAAGGCCAUGGGGAACCCCUGUGAGUUUUUUGUAGACAUCAUGUAACUGGCCGCCUGUGCCUUCAACCCUGCCCAUGGGGGGAACAGUGGCCCCUACAACAGGAGCUCUGUGGGCCUACGUGGUGGAGGCUGGCCAGGGGUCGUGGGAGCAGGCUGGAGGCGAGGGCCGAGGUCAGCCCAUUGCUGUGAUCUGGCAUUUCCUGCGGUAGAGCGGCUUGUAUCUGCAGAGCCUUUUGGGGGGACCAUCUCUGUCCUUGGCCUGAGCCUCAGGGACCCUCUGACCCCCCUUGGGGAUGAGGAUGCCCUCUUUGGCUUCAUGUUGCUCCCACUUCCAGAGCCACGUGAAGGUGGGCCUGAAGCCUUCCUCACACAGUGCACAGGCCUCACCUGUCAGCCCUGGUGGGGACCUCGAGUGGCAGGAUUAGAGCCCCCAGACCCCUCUGGCUGCCCAGAGUGGGGUCUAACUUAUUUAUUUAUUGCCAGCCUGCCCACUCUGGGGGAAUGGCUAGUCAGCUGUCCCCCUCCCUGCCCAGCUGGGGGUGGCUGCCUAUUCCCCUGCCCUCCUGGGACCCAGAGAGGAGGGGAGCACAGGCUGAGCCUGGAAGCGUGUGGUGGAUGGUGGGGGGCAGGUCAGGGGGCACCCUGCGCUCCGUGACUCCCUUGGGGCCGUUGUGCCACUGUCUUUUCGGGCACGCCCGGCCCUGCUCACUGCGCUGUAGAUACUGUGUCAGUCCCGCGUCUAGUUCAUGUAGAGCUGCUUCUGUGUAAAUGCUAUUUUAAACACUAAAAAGCAUUUAAUUUUA